AUGGUGUGGCAGGCUAACCACAGGUACAAACAAGUUCUUCAGCAGACUGUAAAAAAUCUGUGUGAAGGUUGCCAUGUAAAACUUGAAACCCCAAAUUAUGGCCCAGAAAUAGGCACAGCACUGGUAACAGCAAUAGCCAAAAGAACAAAAGAUAACAGGAAGAAAAUUAAGAAAUUCUUGGAAGAAUUGAAAUUACCAUUCGAGAUACUGCAGGAAAUACAGGCCAGACUGCGACAAGAGAUGGAAAGAGGGCUAGUGAAGGACACCCAUAAAAAUGCCAUUCUGAAGAUGUUUCCCACAUAUAUUUGCCAGAAACCAGAAAAAGAAGAAGGAGAAUACAUAGUUUUGGAGUUUGGAGAUCAAGAUAUCAACAUAAUGUAUGUGAAUCUUGGUGAAGAACAUUGCCUAAAACGUACCUAUAAACUGCCAGAUACAAUAAAAAAAGGCAAAGGGGAGCAGUUGUUUGAUCAUAUUGCCGAAUGCCUCUUAGACUUCCAAGAAACAGAAAAUUUGAGUGGAAAGAAGGUUGUAAGCUUCAUAUUUUCCUUUCCCUGUGAACAGACUGAUCUGAAAAUGGCAAAGCUCACCCAAUGGACUAAAGGGAUUGAAGCUAGUGAUUGUGUAGGACAGAAUGUGGUGGAUCUAUUACAACAAGCCAUUAACAAGAAAGAGGACCUUUCUCUAGAUGUGAUUGCCUUGGCUAAUGACACCACUGGAACCAUGAUGUCAUGCUGUUCCCAUGACCCUAGCUGUGAAAUAGGGAUGAUUGCAGGAGAAGGAACCAAUGCUUGCUACAUGGAAAACAGGGAUAACAUUGAGACGGUGAAAGGGAAUGAAGGACAGAUGUGCGUGAAUAUGGAGUGGGGUGCUUUCGGUGAUAAUGGUUCCUUGGAUGAUAUCUUUACUCCCUAUGAUUCAGAAGUGGACCGUCUUUCCAUUAAUCCAGGAAAACAAAGGUAUGAAAAGAUGAUUGGAGGCAUGUAUCUCGGAGAAAUUGUGCGUCAAGCUCUCAUUUCCAUAAAUAAGGAAGUCCCAUUCAAUCAGGAUAAACAAAGCAACAUCCUGCAGAACGAAAACCUCCUGUCACUUGAAGAUCUCUGUGAUAUUGAAACAGAUGAGCUGAGCAUGGCUCAGCUGAAUUCGGUGCUCUUGCAGCGAGGCCUGUGCUGUACGUCUGAUGGCGCCCUGUUGGUGAAGGAGGUGUGCCGUGCAGUAUCACAGAGAGCGGCUCAGCUGUGUGCUGCGGGCAUAGCUGCUGUGGUCGAGAAGAUACACGAGAAUUGUCAGGAUGAAAGGAAAAUUUCAGUGGGAGUCACAGGAUCAUUAUACACAGAGCAUCCACACUUUGCCAGAAACUUAACGAAAACUUUGAAGAACCUGAUUCCUGGCAAAGAAGUCAACUUUAAGACAUCAGAUGGGCAUGGGAUUGGAGCUGCCUUGAUUGCUUCAGUGGCUGAAAAAACCCGAAAAACUUUAUAAUUCACGAGAAAGUUAAGAAUAUAUAUUGUCAGAGACACCACUACAUUUGUGGUCACA